UUUCUCUCACUCUGUCAUCGGGCCAGCAAUUAAAUUAAAUUUGUUAACCGAUACCAAAAAACCUGCACGAUAAUUUUGAAGAUCUGUUUUACAGAUUCUGAUCGGUGGAGGAGGAAUAAGAUUGCGACUUGGUGGUAAUGGCUUCGCUUCCGUCUGAAAACGGCGUCGACGGAGAUGACGAGAGGGAGGAGGAAGAUGAAGAAGAAGAAGAAGAAGAAGAGAACGGAGAAGAAGAAGAAGAGGGAGAGGAGGAGCCACGUCUCAAGUACCAACGGAUGGGUGGAAACGUACCUUCCUUGCUCUCCAACGACGCUGCUUCCUGCAUCGCUGUCGCCGCAAGGAUGAUCGCUCUCGGUACUCACGACGGAACGGUCCACAUCCUCGAUUUCCUCGGCAAUCAGGUUAAAGAGUUUCGUGCCCACACUGCUCCGGUUAAUGACCUGAGCUUUGACACUGAGGGAGAGUAUAUCGGAAGCUGUUCAGACGAUGGCUCCGUUGUGAUAAACAGUCUAUUCACUGAUGAUGAGAAGCUGAGAUUCGAGUAUCAUCGCCCCAUGAAGGCGAUUUCCUUGGAUCCGGAUUACACCAAGAAGCAGUCGAAGAGGUUUGUGGCUGGUGGAUUGGCUGGUCACUUGUAUAUGAACUCAAAGAAGUGGUUCGGUUAUAAAGAUCAGGUGCUGCAUUCUGGGGAAGGUCCAAUCCAUUCUGUGAAAUGGAGAGGAAGUCUCAUCGCCUGGGCUAAUGAUACUGGUGUUAAAGUUUAUGAUACAGCCAAAGAUCAGCGUGUUACUUUUAUUGAAAGACCACGAGGAAGUCCCCGGCCUGAGGCUUUGAUUCCUCACUUGGUUUGGCAGGAUGACACUCUUCUUGUGAUUGGUUGGGGAACAUCUGUCAAAAUUGCUUCGAUUAAAUCAGACCAGCAAAAACCAGCAUAUGGAACAUAUAGGCAGGUUCAGAUGUCUAGUCUAAACCAAGUGGACAUUGUGGCAUCGUUCCAGACUAGCUAUUUCAUUUCGGGGAUUGCUCCCUUUGGUGAUUCUCUAGUUAUUCUUGCAUAUAUACCCACUGAAGAAGAUGGCGUGAAAGAAAUUAGCAGCACCACUACUUUAUCUCGUCAGGGAAAUGCCCAGAGGCCUGAAGUACGUAUUGUAUCAUGGAACAGUGAUGAACUUACAAUGGAUGCGCUUCCGGUACAUGGCUUUGAGCAUUACAAGGCGAAAGACUAUUCCCUUGCUCAUGCUCCUUUCCCAGGUAGUAGCUAUGCUGGGGGGCAGUGGGCUGCUGGAGAUGAACCACUGUACUAUAUCGUGUCUCCAAAGGAUGUUGUGAUUGCAAAACCCAGGGAUGCCGAAGAUCAUAUUAACUGGCUUUUGCAACAUGGAUUCCACGAGAAAGCACUAGCAGCUGUUGAGGCUGGUGAAGGACGAAACGAACUAAUUGAUAAGGUGGGUGCUGGGUAUCUUGAUCAUUUGAUUGUGGAAAGAAAAUAUGCCGAAGCAGCAUCGUUGUGCCCAAAAUUGUUACGAGGAUCUGCUUCAGCCUGGGAGAGGUGGGUUUUCCAUUUUGCUCAACUACGCCAGCUGCCUGUGCUUGUUCCAUUCAUGCCUACCGAUAACCCAAGGCUCAAGGAUACUGUCUAUGAGGUUGCUCUAGUGGCACUGGCAACAAACCCCUCAUACCAUAAGGAGCUUUUGUCCACUGUUAAAUCUUGGCCGCGUUCAGUAUACUCUGCUUUGCCUGUUAUCUCAGCAAUAGAGCCUCAGUUGAACACAUCUUCAAUGACUGAUGCCCUCAAAGAGGCGCUGGCAGAGCUGUAUGUAAUUGAUGGACAGCACGAGAAAGCCUUCGCCCUAUAUGCUGAUCUUCUCAAACCAGAAGUGUUCGACUUCAUUGAGAAAUACAAUUUGCAUGAGGCGAUUCGUGGAAAGGUUGUCCAGUUAAUGUUGCUUGAUUGCAAGCGUGCCACUGCCUUAUUUAUCCAAAACAGGGAUUUGAUUGCUCCAUCUGAAGUGGUCCCACAACUUUUGAGAGCUGGCAAGAAAUGUGAUUCAAGAUAUUACUUGUACUUAUAUCUACAUGCGUUAUUUCAAGUCGGUCCAAAUAGUGGGAAGGAUUAUCAUGAUAUGCAGGUAGAACUAUAUGCGGAAUACGAUACUAAGAUGCUGCUUCCAUUCCUACGUAGCAGUCAACAUUACAAGUUAGAAAAGGCAUAUGAACUUUGUGUCAAGAAAGAUCUGCUAAAAGAGCAAGUUUUUGUACUUGGAAGGAUGGGAAAUGCAAAACAAGCUCUUGCUGUCAUCAUAAAUAAAUUAGGGGAUAUAGAAGAGGCUGUGGAAUUUGUGUCCAUGCAGCACGACGAUGAUCUCUGGGAAGAACUGAUAAAACAAUGUCUGAACAAGCCUGAGAUGGUAGGCUUACUGUUGGAGCACACGGUUGGCAACCUUGACCCUCUUUACAUCGUAAAUAUGGUCCCAAAUGGCUUGGAAAUACCUCGACUAAGGGAUCGAUUGGUCAAAAUCGUGACAGAUUACAGAACCGAGACAUCUCUUAGACACGGUUGCAAUGACAUUCUCAAGACGGACAUUGUGAAUCUUCUGAUCAAGUGCUUCAACGAGGCGAGACGUGGGGUCUGCCUAAGCAACGAAGAAGACGAAUCCCGUGGAAAGAGAGAAGACACUAAUCGAUCGAUCUCACAGAGAAUGGUAGUAGAUAAAUCAUUGAGCAUAAAGAUGACAGAGGUGAAGUCGAAGACACGCGGGGACACACGUUGUUGCAUGUGCUUCGACCCGGUGUCGAUAAGAGGGGACACCGUGGUGGUCUUCUUUUGCUGUCAUGCUUACCACAUGACGUGUCUCAUGGAUGCUGCCUUCAGCGACAGCAACAAUAAGACAGCCAAAGGUUCUCCGGGGUAUGGAUACGGCUAUGAUAACGGUGUGGAGGAGGAAGAUACUGAGGAUGAGGAAGAAGAUGACAGUAAUGAUGGAGACAGGUCUGGGAGGUCUCGGUUACGGUGCAUAUUAUGUACUACUGCCGCUGCUGCGUCCGCUCGGUAGCGACUGCAUGUGUUUGUGAAAUAUUUUUUUGGUGUGCUUCGAUUUUUUUGUUUCUUUUUAAGAAAGAAGGAAAAUUUCCUUGAUUGUAGUCUAAAUUAUAACAACAAAAGUAAAGAGAGGCGAGAGAUAUACAUUGACCCAAUAAUUUAAUGUGUGCCAGAGUUUGUGAAAGACACUUCCCGUUUUAUUGAAUGUGAAUGUCAUGCUAUUUAAUGCA